AUGGCACCUAAAUCAUCCUUUACUUGUGUACAAUGCAAGAAAUCUUUUUCAACUGAGCAUCGUCUCGUUGAACAUAUUCGUAUUCACACAGGAGAAAAACCAUUCCAAUGCAAAUAUUGUGAGAAAUCAUUUUCAGCGAAGGGAAAUCUAUUGAAGCAUGUACGUAUUCACACAGGAGAAAAACCAUUUCAAUGGAAGGGAACAUUAUUGAGGCAUGAACGUAUUCACUCAGGAGAAAAAUAUUGUAAAUAUUGUGAAAAAUCAUUUUCACAGAAGGGAAAUCUAUUAACUCAUGAAGGUAUUCACGCAGGAGAAAAACCAUUCAGAUGUAUACAGUGUGAAAAACAAUUUUGCUCUCAGCAGGCUCUUCGCCAUCAUGUUCACAUUCACACAGGAGAAAAACCAUUCAAAUGUGAAUAUUGUGAGAAAUCAUUUUCACAGAAGAAGAAUCUUUUGAUUCAUGAAUGCAUUCACACUGGAGAAAAACCAUUCAGAUGUGUACAAUGUGAUAAAUCAUUUGUCUCAAAGCUGGCUCUUGUCAGACAUAUUGGUAUUCAUGCCAGAGACAAACCAUUCCAACUAAACUUCAACUGUAAAUGUUGUCAUAAAAUCUUCAAGAGUGAGUCUGACUUACAAAAACAUGAGCGCAGCCACAAUCAUGGUACGCGCAAAUCUUUGAAGGUGUCUGUUGAAAGUCCGGGAAUGGAUAAACGUUCAAAGCCAAAACGUGGCAAAGCUAUGAAAAGUUCUUGUCCAUUGUCUCGUCAUGAACUAACUGUUGUGGCAGAAGAACCUGUAGUAGAACUAACCGGUCAUUUAAAUAGCAAAUAUUCUCUAAAUGGACGAAAUCUAAAACCUACAUGUUUUGCGGCAAAUGGAUGUUUGAUCAGCAGAAAGACUGAGAGUAAGGUAUCGAAGUUGCCCGCUGCAGCAGGACGUUCUGACAUGGAUAUGAAGGACACGGCUGCAAAAAUGUCUAGUAUCAAUGGGAGUGAAACUGAAACUCUAGGUCUGGGUAGUACUGCGAAAACUGAGGAAUAUAAAGUUCGGCAGCUGGCUGUGAAACGAAGGUUGAUACGAGAUACUAUUGAGCGUCCUUCUAAUCAGCUGGAAAAUGUUAAAACUAAAAGUGAACUCAUUGACAUGUUUGCUGCUGACCAGUCUGAUGGAAGAGUUGAACCAGCUUACACAUCUGCUACAGGGCAGGUCAGGGCUGAACGAGACCUACGUGUUGUUCAUGUUAGAGAGGAGAGAAAUGUCCUCAGUGGGACCUUUAACCCGCCACCUGCAGAGAUCAACUAUUUCAAAAGUGGACUACGUCAAUCUGACAUAUCUCCUAUAGAACAGACCAAUAUCAAAAAUGUCCCAUGUGACAUAUCACCUAUAGGACAGGCCAAUGUCAAAAAAGACCCAUGUGACAUAUCUCCUAUAGAACAGGCCAAUAUCAAAAGUGACCCAUUUUAUAUAUCUCCUAUAGAACAGGCCAAUAUCAAAAGUGACCCAUGUAACAUAUCUCCUAUAGAACAGGCCAAUGUCAAAAGUGACCCAUGUGACAUAUUUUCUGUAGAACAGGCCAAUGUCAAAGGUGACUUAUGUGACAUAUCUCCUUUUGAACAGGCCAAUGUCAAAAGUGAGCAAUAUGACAUAUCUCCUAUAGAACACGCCAUUGUCAAAAGUGAGCAAUAUGAUGUGUCUCGUCUAGAGCAGGGUUGUACUGUACAGGUAGUUGGACCUUGUGACAUGUAUCCUACAGAAGAGGCCAAUGUGUUAAGUGAGAUCGGCAACAUGUCUCCUAUAGAGAAGGUCCAUGUCAAAAGUGAGCCACUUGACGCAUCUCCAUUAGAGCAGGCCAAUAUCGAAAGACAAACAUGUAACAUUUCUCCUGUAGAGUUGGCCAAUGUCAAAAGUGAAGCAUGUGACAUAUCUCCUCUAGAGCAAAUCAGUGUGAAAAGUGAGUCAUGUGAUGACACGCCUCAAGCAGUUCAUGAUUUAGUAGAGCAGGAAAACUCCAGUGGUGCACAGGUUGAUAUGUCUAAGAUUGAUGAAUACAUUGCAGUGUUUGAUCGCUGGGCAGAAAUGUUGUGUAAAGAGAAAGAUUAG